AUGGCGCAAGAAGAAUCACCGCAGACUCCUUCUAGUGACGAUUUCUUCAACCAGCCGGUCUCGUCAAAUCAGAGUGCCGGUCAGCCCACUUCACAACCAGUCCCGCCCAACGAAUCUAUACCGCGACCCAAGCGCAUAGCCUGCAUCUUGUGCCGGAAAAGGAAACUCAAGUGCGAUGGCUCCAAGCCAAGCUGCAGCACUUGCUCGCGACUGGGACACAAUUGUGAAUACAAUGAGGAGAGGAAGAAAUCCGGCCCCAAGCGCGGCUAUGUGAAGUUGUUGGAAGCCCGACUUAAGCAGGUCGAGAAUCUGCUCGAGACCAGGGACACACCUUCCAAUAAUGCAGUCCCCGCCACCGAUCCGGACAGAAUCACCAUACCUGGGGACCAGAUACCAGCCGAUCCAUCCAUGCAUAUGAACCUCGAUCCCUCCUUUACCGACCCUACCUUGAUCCCCGGGGACUCUGCAUUUGCCUUUGGCGGCGCUGAUGACUUCUCCUGGGAAAUGAUCGGCCUGGGGCUGGAAGAGGCGCUACCAUCGCCGGAAGUCGUGGACGAACUCAACCAGAUUUAUUUCGAGAAGAUACACCCUUCGCUACCCAUGAUACACAAAGCACGUUUCUAUGCCGCCAUGGAGCUGGCACCACAUAUGCGACCCGCUGUGUGCUUGAGAUAUGCUAUGUGGGCUCAUUCGGCGUCGGUCACUGCCAAAUACUAUUCAUUUGCCGAGCAUUUUUACGCCCGAGCGCGGAAGUAUGCUGAACAGGAUGAAAUGCGGGGGCACGGAGAAAGCAUCAUCACUCUUGCGCACUGCCAGGCUUGGACUUUGCUGGCGUGCUACGAGUUCAAGCUGAUCUACUUUCCCCGCGCUUGGAUGAGUAUCGGCAGAGCAGCCAGUCUGGCCUUGAUGAUGGGCUUACAUCGCCAAGAUCGAGUUGGCCUGGAUGUCAAACAGACGCUGCCUCCGCCCCGGGAUUGGAUCGACCGAGAAGAACGGAGGCGAACAUUCUGGAUGGCUUUCUGUCAGGACAGAUACGCCAGCAUUGGCACCGGCUGGCCCAUGAGAAUAGACGAGCAGGACAUUUUGACAAAUCUACCGGCCAGCGACGAGGCGUUUCAUUCAGGCAAGUCAGAGCAAACAGGCCAACUUGCAGACAUACUCAACGGCCUGGGAACCGACACCAUUUCUUCAUUCAGCGGAGUCAUCCUCAUGGCAACUUUAUACGGCCGGAAUUUAACGCAUUUACACCGUCCCAAUGAUAACGACAAUGAUCACGACCUGAAUGGCGAGUUUUGGAAACGGCAUCGUCAGCUGGAUAAUAUUCUUCUCAACAUUUCACUUUCCAUGCCGUCCACGCUUCGACUUCCCGGAGCCCUCAACGACGCCAAUGCUAUUUUCUGUAAUAUGAAUAUUCACACCGCAGCCAUCUGCCUUCACCAAGCCGCCAUUUUCAAAGCUGAUAAGCAUCAGCUCCCCGCACAGAUCAGCGCCGAGUCUAAACGCCGCUGUAUUGUCGCCGCGGAUCAAGUCACCAACAUUAUGAAGAUGAUCAGCCAUCUCGAUCUCUCCCUCAUGAAUCCUUUCCUCGCUUUCUGCCUGUACGUUGCCGCACGUGUCUUCGUCCAGUACCUCAAGUCCCGCAAAGAAGAUCAAACCGUUAUGUCCGCUCUUCAAUUCUUGCUCUCUGCCAUGCACGUUCUGAAGGUCAAAAACCCACUUACUGAAUCUUUCCUUGUGCAACUUGACGUCGAUCUCGAAGGUAGUGGCCUUAACAUCCCAACUUCUGCAUCGCGCUAUAAGUUUGGACAACAGCGUCCUCCUGGUGAGAUUCCUGUUGGCACCGAUGCCGUCCACUGCGUCCCGCUGUACGAGAUCCGUGAGUCGCAGACCGUGGGACAGACGGACCGGCAAUACGGCGGGGCCGCCACCAACAAUUCCAACAAGAACACUGCAGAGAGCGGCGGAGAUUAUCACCAUCCCUGGCCAACCAACAACAGCUCCGCCUCCGAGUACCCAAACCUCUACGGAAACCUCAACACUAACAACCCUUCACCGGGCACCAAUUCCGCACAGCGUCCGCGCGGCCCACAUGGCCAACAAGAAAAAAUGGCUCACUUUGGUCCGAUACCCGACUUCAACGGCGCUGAUGACCUGGUUUUCGGCACUGGCCAGCACGCGCACAACAUGCCCACACAAGUGCCACGCGGCGGCGGCGUCAACUCGUCCUCGGGCCCAAGCCCCAACUUCAGCAGCAAUGGUACCAAUACUCUGAGCGCUUCCGGUGGUGACAGCUCGCACUCGGGGCAGCCAACGCCCAGUACCACGAGUCUGCCCUACCACGGAGGCGACUUCACGCCGCCGGACGGGGUGGGAGGCUUGUUCGGCGGUGGCAGCGGUAGUAGCAAUAGUAAGAUGGGCCAGAACGCGCACGGAGGAAGUGGUGGAGUUUCAGCAGCAGCCGGUAGUGGAGGGGAUAUGGGUCAGAGCUAUUUCGACGCCAAUACUGAUCCACUCGCGGGCAUCCGCGUCUUCGGCAUGGACCCGGGUCAGAGCUGGAACAUGAAUCUUGGGGCACGCGACCAGAAUGGUAACAGUAACAUUAAUAACGCCGGCGGAACGGCUCCGAGUGGCGACCAGCAACAGCAGCAACAAACCCAGACGCCCAUGACGGACUUUGGCUUCGGCCGGACGGGCAUGACUCCUGGAGCUACAGGCAUGACGCCCUUACCGGAGAGUCUGUGGGCGCACGCGGAGGGGGGCGAUUGGAUGUAUGGCGGGUGGGGUGCAGGCGGAGGAGGGGGUAAUGGUACUUGA